AUGUUGCUGAGUCGGGGUGGAAGCCGUUUAUGUCUGCGUCGGGCGCGGGUGUCGUGGGACUUCGGCGGAGGCUACCCUGAAAUUGAUCGCUGUGGACGGUAUAUAAUAAGCUGGUCUGUGACACCGUCGUUACUUCUUCUUUUCCGGUGGCAAGUGCACCGUUGCAUUAGCACGGGAGUUAGACGGUCAACGAGACAGAUGACAGUGUCGAAGGCGGAGAAUGUGCGCAACAGGAAGCGUGUCAAAAGGGCGGGAGCCGGGAGGGAUCUUGCAGAUGUCGAGUCCGCUGCUAUGAACAGUCUCUCACAUGUCGAGUUAUCCGAGGAGCAGACUCAAUUGCGGGAGAAGGUGUUGCAGUUCGUGAAGGAGAACUUGCCCCAGGGCCAGACACCCGAUACUGGGAAACCGGCGAUGUUCGUCAUCCAAGGUGAUGCUGGGACUGGGAAGUCUGUCGUUUUGAACUCGCUGUUCAACGAGAUCCAGAGGCUGAGUGUCUCGUCAGAGGAGAAGACGCCACUGCAGGGGUCCCGGAACUACCUCGUCGUGAACCACCCAGAGAUGUUGAAGCUGUACUUGAGAAUCUGCAGACACUAUAAGUACAUUGCGAGACAAUCACUCGAGAGACCCACCUCGUUGAUCAACACGCUGCAGAAGGAGAAACGGCUUGCAGACGUCGUAAUAGUCGACGAAGGCCACCUGCUAGCAACAGCGAAGGACGCCUUCAAGAGAUUCUACGGUGAGAACCACCUAGAGGAACUCAUGUCGCUCGCCAAAGUGCUCAUCAUUGUGUAUGACGAUAAGCAGGCGUUGCGGAUGGGUUGUUAUUGGGACGAUGGGACAAAGGGCGACGGUGCGAACCUAAUGAAGUACUACGAGUCAGUGCCCAAGAACAGGAGACACUGGUACAACCUGAAGCAGCAGUUCAGAGUCGCAGCGCCCAGUGAUAUCCUGGACUGGAUCAAUACGCUAAGUGUCGACGCCAAGAUCCCCAAAUUCCCCGCCAGUGCGAGAGAUCCUGCGACCUCCUUUGAGCUCAAGAUCUGGGGGAACUGUGGCGACAUGUACGAGGCGUUGAAGGAGAAGAACGCACAGUACGGCCAAUGCAGAAUGCUCUCCACGUACGACUUCCCCUACAGACUCGACGGGAAGGACUACUUUGUCGAGUGUGGGGACUCGUUCAAGCUAAGGUGGGACAGGUACCAACCUAGAGCGGUCCUCCCCUGGAGUGAGAGGCCCGACAGUAUCGACGAGGUCGGUAGUGUGUACACGGUGCAAGGGUUCGACCUGCACUACGCCGGUGUGAUCCUGGGUCGCUCGAUCGGGUACGACGACAAGAACGACUGUCUAAAGUUGAGACCGGAACUUUACGACGACCACGCUGGGUUCACAAAGAAGAAGAACAUCCACAACCCAAACCAAGUCAAGCACAAAAUAAUCAUGAACAGUAUCAACGUUCUAUUGACGAGAGGCACCAAGGGUCUUUACGUGUACGCGUACGACGAUGCCCUCAGGGAGAGAUUGCUGCAAACUGUCUCCAAGUAG